CCGCCAAGAUCGCCUCUGCUGGCAUCCCAGUGCGUAGCUCUGCGCUCCAUGAUGCAGGGCCCCGCCCGCUCGUCGUCGCCGCAUCGCAUGUGCCGCAGCUGCGCGCCUCCGCUCUCGGCAGCGCUUGCGCCGCUGUCUCCGUGCUGUGCCCUUCUCCUUCGCUUUCUCAUCGCUUCUCCCUCGCUUCUGACUGCGCACGCUUACGGCAAGGGUGGUCUGCUCGCUUGCGCUGACACACGCCUAUCCUAGCCAUGAUCCGCCGCCCGCCCACCGCCCUCGAGCUGACGAGCGCCGACGUGGAUGAGCUGCGCGCGCAGCGGCACAAGGCCAUCGUGCCUCGCGAGACCGCCUCGCCGGGCGGCAGCGACGCCUCUGCUGCCGCCGCGGCUGGAGCACAAGAUGAAGAGAGCGGCAGCGUGCGCGAGCAUCCUGCCGAUGCUGCUGAGCGACAGCGCUUUGCGGCGAGCGCGAAUGAGCGCAUCCAUGGUGCGGCCUAGCUGCGGUCGGUCGCCCAUGCCGCAGCGACAUCAAAGCCGUGCCAGUCUAGAACGCCGGCGCGCACUCGCACUCGCGGCUGUCGGGCUACCGACGCUCGCUCCUCAGCCGGGCCUCUCGUCGACCCGGCCUCGCAAGCCACCCACCUUGGCGCCUGCAGCGCCGACUCACCGCGCUCGGCCUGUUUCGCUCUCAUGGCCCCGCGGCAUGCCGCUCCAGGCUCUCUUCUAC